AUGGCCGAGGCUCGUUUCCUCCUCGACCACGGCGCCGACCAUGCCCUGUGCAAGACGAAUGGCGCGACCGCGCUCUUCAAGGCGGCGCAGAAUGGCCACGUGGACGCGUGCCGCAUCCUCAUUCGCGCGCACGCGACCGUCGACGCGCGCUUCUCCUCCGGCGCGACGCCCCUCGGCGUCGCGGCGGCCGGCGGGCACGAGGCCAUUGUGCGGCUGCUUCUCUCAGCCGGCGCGGACGCGACGGUCGUCGCGUGUGACGACAUGACGCCGAGCGACAUGGCGGGCCAAGGCGGCCAUCGC